ACUUAAAACUGAAUGGAUAAAUGCAGAAUCAAAUAAUGAAUUUCUAAAGAUUAUCUUACCAAAACUUACUAUACCUAUUACUGUAACAAAACUCUCAACCGGCCAAUAUCUAACCUUAACCAAUGUUGACGAAUCGCUUUUUGUUAGGUAGCAUUCGCUCUAUAGCGAUACACUUUCACCCCGCAGGGUCGAAGCCUGCGCUCAAUGCCAGCCGGACCACCGCGCGAUACGCUAGUGUUUCGUCAGCCUCGCCCAAUAGGAGGAAAAUGGCAGAUAAACUGACCCAAGAAGAGCGCGACACGCAGCUCCAGCCAUUGUUGCAGUCUGGUUGGAAAGUGCAAAAUAACCGGGAUGCAAUUGAGAAAGAAUUUCAAUUCAAGGAUUUCAACCAGGCCUUUGGCUUCAUGACUAGAGUAGCACUGCUGGCUGAGAAAAUGGAUCAUCACCCAGAGUGGUUUAAUGUCUAUAAUAAACUUCAAGUUACCUUGUCUUCUCAUGAUGUUAAUGGGCUUAGCAAGAGAGAUAUUAGAAUGGCAACAUUUAUGGACAAAAACUACAGUAACUAAGUUAAACUGUCAAACACCAAGCGGUCACCGGUGACCGCAACCUAUUGUUCUAUAAUUGUGUCUAUAAAACCGGUACUCGACGAGUUAAUGAACAUGUAUAUGCAGAUGGUAAAUAUUUACAUAUAAUGUACUCUUUAUCUAAAGAUAUUAUAUAAAAGCCUAGUUGUUAUAAUGUUAUGUUGCUCAUUGUAUUUAUGUGAUGUGUGAGUUGGAAGACAAUAAACUGUGUAAUAUAUUUUUAACAGCACAA